GCCCCUUGAAGGAAGGGCCCCGGAGGACAGGACAGGGCAUGGCUGGAAGUGCUCCACGUCCUCCUGUCACUGUCCCUCUGCAGAGCCUUCCUGUGGGUCCACCUCCUGUUGGAGGAUGCCAGUUCUGGCUCAGGCCCAGCGUGGGUGGCUCCAGUCCCCUACUUGGCUGUAGUCCCCUGAGGCAGGUGCAGGACACAGGAAAGCAGGGAAAGCGACGAGGAGCCACUGUAGCUCUAUGUGAUGCUGGUGAGAGUCGGGAUGGAGAGGGCACAGCCAGGUGGGCUCGGGUACGAAGCCGGGGUCAGGUGUCUCCUGAGCUGCACGGCCCACCCCUUUCUUUUGGAUUCUGUGGGAGACUUUUAGAAGCACGGGGACGACAGCGCCCCCCAUACAGCCUCCCUGAACUCAAGUCUGUAAAGGCCACAAGCCAAGCCUGUGACCCUGUGAUCUAAGCAGCAGCAAUUGGACCCCCCAAGUCUGCUGAGGGCGCUGAAGCCAGGCCACCCUGAGCUCCCCCCACAAAAGGGAAGAGCAUCAAGCCCCAAGAGUUGGCAGGGUGCAUAGGAUUCUGGCACACAUCCUGUUUUCUUGCUUGUUGCAUGGUUCCUGGACGUGAGCAUCCCAGGCCACCACAGCAGACCACAGCGGGGUGCUCUCUCCAGACCGAGUGGACAGGAAUGCUAGGCCCCCUGUCUCCCACCGCCAUCUUUGCUCAGGGCCAAGUACCCCUGGCCCUUCCACCCUUCCUGCUGCCUCCCCAGCCCGCAGCCCAGGGGCAGAUGGAGGAUAGUGUCAGACCCAGGGUUGCACAGGAGGGCAGGAACCAGGGAGCCGGGGGCCAGGCCAGGAUGCGGCUGUGUGCUGCAGGGGGCCUCACUGCUCCUGGCAGCAGGAAUCAGAGACGCUGUAACUGGAUCCCGUGGGGGAUCUGGCCACUGAGGGUGGAGGGCUGCGAUCAGGUUGCUGCCCUGUGGUGAGUUUUCCACUGGGCCGCUUUUUCUACCUUGGGAAAGAGCUGGGCUGGACUGGGGGUCCGAGCAGGGCAGUGGGAGGCCCUGAAGCAGCCAUCAGUAAGAAGAGAAGCUAAGAGGCAGGGACUCCACAAGACCCAGGGCGCAGGGCCCCGGCAGCCGUGGGUGAGGACGAGGUGGUCAGCCUUUCUCCCGUCCUGCUGGGCAUGGGCUCUGGCCUUGGUGCCAUCCGGGAGCCACUGAAAUCCAAGCUGGGGUGAGGCAAGGCGGCUCCUGCUCCUAAGCCCUGUGUUUUUGAUCCGCCCUCACCCGCCCUCGGCUGCCCGCUGGCCAUGUAAGAUCUGCCCGGGUGGCCAAGGCCACACGACAGAGGCAGCGCUGGAGCAGUAGCGUCCAUGUCACUGGCUGGGCUUGGGAGCCAAGGGCGAGAUAGACAGACCUGGGCCUCUGGGGGUCUACAGGGCCCCUGAGCAGUCAGAGAGAGCUUCCCAGGCCCCUGAAGCACCGUGGCUAGCCUCAAAGAUGCCAACCAACGGCCUGCACCAGGUGCUGAAGAUCCAGUUUGGCCUUGUCAAUGAUGCCAACCGCUACCUGACAGCAGAGAGCUUUGGCUUCAAGGUCAACGCUUCGGCGUCCAGCCUCAAGAGGAAGCAGAUAUGGGUGCUGGAGCCUGACCCCGGACAGGGCGCUGCUGUGCUCUUCCGCAGCAGCCACCUAGGCCGCUACCUGUCGGCAGAAGAAGAUGGGCGCGUGGCUUGUGAGGCGGACCAGCCAGGCCGAGACUGCCGCUUCCUGGUCCUGCCGCAGCCUGAUGGGCGCUGGGCGCUGCAGUCGGAGCCGCACGGCCGCUUCUUCGGUGGCACCGAGGACCAGCUGUCCUGCUUUGCGACAGCCGUGUCCCCGGCGGAGCUGUGGACAGUGCAUCUGGCCAUCCACCCGCAGGCUCACCUGCUGAGCGUGAGCCGCCGGCGCUACGUGCACCUGUGCCUGCAGGAGGACGAGAUGGCAGCAGAUGGUGACAUGCCGUGGGGCGUGGACGCACUGCUCACCCUCAUUUUCCAGAGCAGGAGGUACUGCCUCAAGUCUUAUGACAGCCGAUACCUUCGCAGCGAUGGCCGCCUGGUCUGGGAGCCCGAAGCCCAUGCCUGCUACACACUGGAGUUCAAGGCAGGCAAGCUGGCCUUCAAGGACUGUGAUGGCCGCUACCUGGCACCUGUGGGGCCUGCCGGCACACUCAGGGCUGGCCGAAAUACGAGGCCCGGCAAGGAUGAACUCUUUGACCUGGAGCAAAGCCACCCGCAGGUGGUGCUGGUAGCGGCCAACCACCGCUACGUCUCUGUGCGGCAAGGAAUCAAUGUCUCAGCCAAUCAGGAUGAGGAACUGGACCACGAAACCUUCCUGAUGCAAAUUGACCAGGAAACAAAGAAGUGUACUUUCUACUCCAGCACUGGAGGCUACUGGACCUUGGUGGCUCACGGGGGCAUUCAGGCCACAGCGACCCAAGUCUCUGCCAACACCAUGUUUGAGAUGGAAUGGCACGGCCGGCGGGUGGCGCUGAGAGCCAGCAAUGGACGUUACGUGUGCAUGAAGAAAAAUGGGCAGCUGGCCGCCAUCAGUGACUUUGUGGGUGAGCCUCCGGGCCCUCCGUGGGACAGCGGGGCAGGAGCCGCCCACGCGCCUUCUUCUGCAGGUGGAGACGAGUUGUUCACCCUCAAGCUCAUCAACCGACCCAUCCUGGUGCUGCGGGGCCUGGAUGGCUUCGUGUGCCACCGCCGCGGCUCCAACCAGCUGGACACCAACCGCUCCACCUACGACGUCUUCCACCUGAGCUUCAGGGACGGCGCCUACCAGAUCAGAGGCCGCGGAGGUGGCUUCUGGUACACCGGAAGCCAUGGAAGCGUGUGCAGCGACGGCGACCUGGCGGAGGACUUCCUCUUCGAGUUCCGAGAGCGCGGCCGCCUGGCCAUCCGGGCCCUCAGCGGCAAGUACCUGCGCGGCGGCGCCUCGGGGCUGCUGCGCGCGGACUCGGACCUGCCGCUGGGGGAAGCGCUCUGGGAAUACUGAGGACCCAUUAAACCUUCGUUGCUCGGC